CGCGCCUGGCGGCCCGGCUCUGGAGCAUAAACAAGAGCGGGGUCGGGAUGAGGCGGCUGUUGAUGUCCGCGCGGCGAGUGGCGGCGAGCGGGGCUCGGCGCCGACCCUGAGCUCACCCCGACCUGCCCUCCCGCGCGCGAGCUCCGGGCCGGGCCCACCCGCCGCGCGCCCACCAUGAACCUGGCGAGUCAGAGUGGCGAGGCUGGCGCCAGCCAGCUACUCUUCGCCAACUUCAACCAAGACGUCACGUCUCUAGCUGUUGGUAGUAAAUCCGGUUAUAAAUUUUUCUCCCUUUCUUCUGUGGAUAAACUGGAACAGAUCUAUGAAUGCACUGACACUGAAGAUGUGUGCAUCGUGGAAAGAUUGUUCUCAAGCAGCUUAGUGGCCAUCGUCAGCCUCAAAGCCCCCAGGAAGCUGAAGGUUUGCCACUUUAAGAAGGGGACCGAGAUCUGCAACUACAGCUACUCCAACACCAUCCUGGCUGUGAAGCUGAACAGGCAGAGGCUGAUCGUGUGCCUGGAGGAGUCUCUGUAUAUACACAACAUCCGGGACAUGAAGGUGCUGCACACCAUCCGGGAGACGCCCCCGAACCCCGCAGGCCUGUGUGCGCUGUCGAUCAACAACGACAACUGUUACCUGGCGUAUCCAGGCAGCGCGACCAUCGGGGAGGUGCAGGUCUUCGACACCAUCAACCUGAGAGCUGCAAACAUGAUCCCGGCUCACGACAGCCCUUUAGCCGCACUGGCCUUCGACGCCAGCGGAACCAAGCUCGCCACUGCUUCCGAGAAGGGGACCGUGAUUAGGGUAUUUUCCAUUCCAGAAGGACAAAAGCUCUUCGAGUUCCGGCGAGGAGUGAAGAGGUGUGUGAGCAUCUGCUCCCUGGCCUUCAGCACGGACGGCGUGUUCCUGUCCACCUCCAGCAACACGGAGACUGUGCACAUCUUCAAGCUCGAGACUGUGAAAGAAAAGCCUCAGGAGGAGCCCACCACCUGGACCGGCUACUUCGGGAAGGUGCUCAUGGCGUCCACCAGCUACUUGCCCUCCCAAGUGACAGAAAUGUUCAACCAGGGCAGAGCCUUUGCCACAGUCCGCCUGCCUUUCUGUGGCCACAAGAACAUCUGCGCGCUGGCCACAAUCCAGAAGAUUCCCCGAUUGCUGGUGGGAGCCUCGGAUGGGUACUUAUACAUGUACAACCUGGACCCCCAGGAGGGAGGAGAGUGCACCUUGAUGAAGCAGCACAAGUUGGACGGCAGCAUGGAGACGACCAACGAGAUCCUAGACUCCACGUCCCACGACUGCCCCUUGGUGACGCAGACGUACAGCACGGCCGUGGCCAAGGGUCCUCACGUGCCUUCGUCCCCAACGGCACUGGCCUACGCAGACGAGCUGGGCGCGGUGGGCGGCGCAGGCCUGGAGGACGAGGCCCGCGCCCUGCGGCUGGAGGACGACAGCGAGCAGCCUCCCAUGAUCCUCCGGACAGACUGACCGUGACCUGUGAGAACGCUGGCUGACAGAGGACUUUGCGUCAUGCUGCUAUGAACUUUGACCUGAGUUGGGGGAGAGAAUGGCAGAGACUUCAAGAGGAAAAAAAGAUUGUAGCUGUAGUCUCGCUCCAUACUGUCGAGAAAUACAUUGGUUUCACUUCAGUGGCUUUUAAUCCUGCUUAUGAAUUUCAGCUUUUUGUUGGUUUUCUCAUUUUGCCAAAAUUAACUGUUUGGUGAAGCCCUUGAAACCGCCUUGCUUUGCAUGUAUUAAUGUGCCGAUCCAGCCUGGGAGAGCUAGAGCCACUUCCUAACCACCUGCAGGCGUUUGGGUUUUCAAUCUGUACAGACUGAGGAGCGGCCCCGAGAAGGCAGCAGCGACCGGAGCGGGUCCGGCGGGGCCGGGUGGCGACCUGGAGGGGGUUCCCUCUCCCUAGAGCCCCUCCGGGACCGUUUUCCCCGUUUUAUUUUGUUAAUUAAAUUCUUUCCAAAUUGGAUUUUUCUGGGGUUUCUUCUGCGGUGGAUUUUUGUUUCUGGUCUUGUUUUCCACGUGGGUGUUAGAAGAGAGAGGUUCUUCCCAACAUUGAAAACCUUUUUCUCUGAUAGCACGUGAGCUUGAAAGACCGCCAAGGAGCAACAGAGUGAGGGAAGGCCACGUAGGUAAAUCAUCUGGUCUUUGCUGUGAUCUUCCUGUUGGACAACUGUGUGUGUGUUUUUUUGUUUUGUUUUGUUUUUUUGCGGUACGCGGGCCUCUCACUGUUGUGGCCUCUCCCGUAGCGGAGCACAGCCUCCGGACGCUCAGCCUCAGCGGCCAUGGCUCACGGGCCCAGCCGCUCCAUGGCAUGUGGGAUCCUCCCAGACCGGGGCACGAACCCGUGUCCCCUGCAUCGGCAGGUGGACUCUCAACCACUGCGCCACCAGGGAAGCCCCAUGUGUGUGUUUUUGUGUUUGUUUUUUUAAGGAACAUUUGUAGCUGCUUCUUUGCCCAUAAAGCACAGAAUUCAAAUGUGAUAGGCACCUGAAUUGUGCUCUUAGCUCGAGCUCCAUUGUCUGGGGGGGGUCCUUCCUACCUGUGUCAGGAGGAGGUGAGAGGAAGCUGGCUGGAGACAUCUUGCUUACAGGGUGACCUGGGCCUAUCUGUUUUCGUCUUCAAAAUUGAUCAGCAAAAGUGAUGAGAGAUUGUGGUCACAAGCUCAGUGUUUGCCUGGCUUCCCUUCUCAUUCUCAUAGAAUUUAAACAACCUCAAAUACCUCGAACUCUGCAUUCCAAACCAAGACACGUAGUAGUUAAAGUUUUGAGGGAUUUUAAGAGGAGUUGGCGGCAUAAAAGUGGGUUCUGGCUUUUUGGGGACGGUGACGGUUAAGGCUGGAAGCGGAAGAGCGACAGUGUCUGCCUUCCCUCUUUGAACAGAGGAAGGGUCUGCGGUGUCUGUUCCGGGUCGUGUGUGUACCUGGGUUGUGGCGGUCGAGUGGCUCGUGACGGGGAAGCAGUUGUCAAACUGACUGCCCCCGUCCAGUGCCCAGCUCCAAGGUCAGUCCCCGAGCGUCAGGCUGUUGUCGAGUGGUUGGCCCGGUGGCAGGGGUGCCCGGGGCGCAUGUGACCGCAGCAGAAUUGCAGAAACGCUCGUUGUGGCAGCGACGUGAAGUGCACGCUAGAGGAGAAGGUGGGAACACAGUCAGCUUUCCCCCAGAGCCUCUGUGCGUCUGUCCUGGAUCCCUGACUAAACAGGAAGCGCCGGCGAUGGGUCUGGCACCCGGGCCCCUGCUGAGCCCUGAGCGAGGGCAGAGGGGCCCGGCGGCCCCGUCCACCCGGCCGCGCCUGGAGCUCCCUCCCUCUCUGUCUCUUGAAGCAGGCUCGGCGUCCAGCUCCUCAGUGUCGGGGUGUCCGUGGCUGCUGUGAUGCCUCCCUGUCAACUGGUCCCGGCCCUGCUGGUCGACUCCACGCUUGGGGUGAUUGGGGGAACCAGAUCUGCUUCGCCAGGUUUCUCUUGUGAAAGGCACGUGGUUUCGUCGUUCUUUGGGGUCAGUCAUCCCAGCAGACGGGGUCAGCGUCAGUUCCCCCCGCCGUGGGGCCCAGCUGGCCCAGGCACUGUCUUCUCGGACAUGAGAGCUCUUUGCUCGCCCGGGUCACUGUGACCUGCGCGCCGCCAAGAGGGGGUCCGAGGAUUCUUGGUUGAGAAGAACUGAAAGGAUGGGUGGGUGUUUGCUGACCAGCCUCUGGAGGGGUGAGCGCCCCUGCACUUCCCUUUGCCUUUUCCGUUGCCCAAGCAUAUCCCUUCCUCUGCUCCACGUGGGUCUGAGUCCCAGCGUCACCGGCCUGAGGCCCCUGCAGGAGACUUGGACAGGAAGGCCAAAGGCCGCUGACUGGUCGACAGCAGGACUCUGCCAGGAUGAGGGGGGACUCAGCCAGACCCAGCAGAGCACGUGUCCUGGGUGGCUGAACCCCCAGACUACACACCAGUGUUAAUUUUUUAUGUCAUAGUUUUCCAAACUUAAGAUUACUUGUCACUGCCGGGAAACUUGAUGGACUUGGCGUGCAUCAGGACCAGAUCUUUUGUACUUUCUAAAUGAUGGGGCCAAGCGGCAGCUUGAACCUGGAGUUAAGGACUGAAUUCAGCCCCCGAUUCUACCACUGCUGGCGGUGGCACCUGGAGCCUCGGGCUCUGGACUGGACAGCGGGAGCCGUCCCUGCCUCACGGCUCUCGCGACGUGUAACUCGAGGUGGGCGCCCAGCCAGCAUUGAAACAGAAACCCGUCUUACGGAACUGAACGCAUCGUUUUCCUUCAGCUCUGGUUCCUGAGCACAAAGCCGGUGGGAAUCGGUAUAAACCACUUCGGCACACCAGGUUCUGUGUGGUUCCCUUUCAUCCCCUGACGCCCAGAGCAGUGGGUGGACACGGGCAUCGGUCUGGACACUUGCCGAGUCUCGGACGCCAGCACCGCCCAUGUGGCUACAGUCCGCCACCAGACCCUGGGGCCUGCGCCCCCGUCCCAGCACAGACCCCCUUCCGGCCAAGACAGGACAUGAACUUCCUGGUGUCGCCUGGAGCGCCCAGCCCUGCCCUCUGCCAGGGCUCGCAGCCCAGGAGUGGGCGACCGAGCUCUGCCUGUUCACGGGUUCGUUUGGGGAGGAGAGAAGAGAGAGAAUCUCAGCUCCCCCACGGCCAACAGUGACCACGUGCUGAAGAGACGAGAAGUGCCCAGGUCCCUGCCUAGCAAAGGAGCACAGGACGGCCAGCAACGGGCUCAUCUCCCCGGCCUGUGGCCAGCCGGCAGCUGCAGUUCCGCGCAGGGCUGCCCGUGAGCCAUGCUCGGGGGUGGUGUUUGUCCCCCAACCCCCCAAAAAAAUCUCUGUAGGUCCUCUUUUGCAUGCAGGGAAUGACGGGAUCUCUGGUUUUAAAUGUCCAUGUGAAACCGUAGCUAGCACAGCUGAGAAUCCAAAUACGUUAUUUUACAAGUGUACUUAAUCAUUCUUAAACUCAAGGUGGGUGGGCUGAGAACUUGGGUGUCAGAAAUGUGAAAACAACGUGCACGCAAGCCAUUGGCAUUUGGUUUGGGGGGACGCUUUACACAGGAUUCUCUUCGUGAGUAACUUAUUUCUUACUGAAAAUAUGUAAUGAUUGCUAAUAGCCAAGCAGACAGAUUUCACUGCUGUGUAUUUUAGUUCUUACCCAGGUCAAAAUCCUUGGCCCGUGUUGUACCUUUUUAUUCUGUGGAUUUUGUGAAGCACAAAAAACAUUGGAUUUGGAGGCGUGACCAGCCCUUAGCCUUCCCUAAGGUAUCUGACCAGAAAAGUCUUUAAUUUGGGAGAAUUAAAUCUUUUUGAAGCUCCGA